CUUGCUAACAGACUGGUCCUAGUUAUACACGUGCCGUGUACACCAGUAAUCGAGUAAAACGUCCAAGUUUCCGAGGUCAGACUAUCUUUGAACGCGGCACUAAUAUAAAACGAAAAACUGUAUGUGCGCCUGCUUGGUCCGUGUAAAGUGACGUAAAAUCAGAGGAAGUGCUUGUUAUUUAUUUAUUUAUGGUAGUGAGGGGCUUAUUUUAGUUGCCUAAGUAAAGACUUGGCGCUAUGUUCAGAACUACUGACGUUAUACAUGAAUUAAAAUGUAGCCGUUGUUAUACAUUUAAAAACGAUUAGCAAAUUUUAUUAUAUUCAAGAGAACACAGCAAGGGAAGGAACAUUAAAGUGGAACAAUUGAUGUUCAGGUUAUGUUGGAGGACAGACUUCCUUGAAUUUACCACUCUUUGGACAGCAAUGUGUUACAUAUUUUGCCUCAGGACCAAAACCAGCUGCGAGACAAAUACAACCAUUGUAUAACGGCUCCACUGUUGUUUAUAUCUCCUCGUUCUAACCAGUAAAUCAUUCAUUAAGACAUAAACAAACCGACACAUGCAACAAUGUCCAUGGCCCUGAAGCAAGUCUUCAACAAGGAGAGGACAUUCCGGCCGAAGCGCAAGUUUGAGCCCGGGACACAGCGCUUUGAGCUGCACAAGAAGGCCCAGGCGUCUCUGAAUGCAGGCCUGGACCUGAAGCAGGCGGUGGCGUUGCCCCAUGGAGAGGACCUUAAUGACUGGGUGGCUGUUCACGUGGUGGACUUCUUCAACCGCAUCAACCUCAUCUACGGCACCAUCAGCGACUCCUGCACCGACCAGACCUGCCCCAUGAUGUCCGGAGGGCCCAAGUAUGAGUACCGCUGGCAGGACGAGCACAAGUACAAGAAGCCCACAGCCGUGCCAGCCCCAAAAUACAUGAGCCUGCUGAUGGACUGGAUCGAGGUACAGAUCAACAACGAGCACAUCUUCCCCACCAACGUCGGUACUCCCUUCCCAAAGACCUUCAUGCAGGUAGCUAAGAAGAUUUUGUCUCGCCUGUUCCGUGUGUUCGUCCACGUCUACAUCCAUCACUUUGAUCGUGUGAACCAGAUGGGUGCAGAGGCCCACGUCAACACCUGUUACAAGCACUUCUAUUACUUUGUAACGGAGUUUAACCUCACAGACCACAAGGAGCUGGAGCCACUGAAAGAGAUGACAUCACAGAUGUGCCACUAACGGAGCACCAUUGACCACUUGACAAAUUCCAGCUUGAAGACUAGUUCCGUCCAUAUAGAAGACUGAAACAGGAAACCAAAUCUAAAAUAGUCUUUAUUUUUAUAAACAAGUACAACAAUCUUUUUUAACCAUGUAGGUUUGUUUAACCAGGAGCCUUGUAAGGCAUUCUCUUCAUUUUAAUUUUUUGAAUUUGAGCACAGUAUUAAGAGAUUUUACUUUUUUUAAAUUUGAAGUUGAAUCAGUCCUGUAAUUUAGUUCUUGUUCUCUUAUCUAAAAUGAAUAUAUGUUUGUUUGUACAUAUCUAAGAUUGUAGUAUGUGGCCACUGAGACAUUAAAUGUACUCAGUGUUCCUGCUCUAAACUGAGUGUCAUAUGUUUAAUUAUGAAAUGGGUAGUUUUGAUCGUGGAUGCUGAUUAGACGAGCAGCAUUCGAAGCCGUGCAGUAUUGUCAUACAUUGUUAUUUUUCCAGAAUAUACAUUCAAACUGGUAUAUUGUUUGUGUAUUACAUCUAUUCAAUGGUGUUGUUUUGUAAAAUAACUGAGAACAAGGCCUGUGGAGUGAGGCCAAUCAAGGUAGUAAAACAGUCAUGCAGGUCUUAUGUUAGUCCACAAGGUGGCGAAAGGAGCACACAUAAAUACGGCUGGUGAAAGGCAGUGUUAAAUACCCCAUAACUCAAAUGAAAAACAUAUCUGCCUACCUCAGUACCAUGCAAAUACAGUUUUAAGGACACCUUAGGGAAUAUAAGGUUACUUUUUAAGUUAAGGUUGUCUGUUGGCGGUGAUUGAUCUGGACUAGCCCUACGUUUGAGUAAAAGCUUCUUUAAAUAAUAUUCCAAACAUAGUAGUCCUGAAGUGAACUGAAUAUGUUUCAUCCAGGUGUGCUGAUUGUUCACUGAUCUCCUUUGUUAGUAUUGUCCCAGUUUGAAUAAGGAGAAAUCAAAUGAAUGCCAUAUUGCAGGGUUGCCCAACUGUUGUUGGACCUAAAAGACUUAAAAACACCAACUCACCUAGUCAUUUUAAUUCUGGAAAUCUUUUCCAAAGUAUUCCCACGCACAGUAAAGAGAGACCGUUGAAGUCGGAAUUUACAUACACUUAGGUUGGAGUCAUUAAAAUCCGUUUUUCAACCACUUCACACAUUUCUUGUUAACUUGCCAAAUUUCUAGUUUGUUAUCUACUCUGUGCAUGACACAAGUCAUUUUUCCAACAAUUGUUUACAGACAGAUUAUUUCACUUAUAAUUGACUGUAUCACAAUUCCAGUGGGUCAGAAGUUUACAUGCACUAAGUUGACUGUGCAUUUAAACAGCUUGGAAAAUUCCAGAAAAUUAUGUCAUGGCUUUAGAAGCUUUUGAUGGGCUAAUUGACAUAAUUUGAGUCAAUUGGAGGUGUACCUUUGGAUGUAUUUCAAGGUCUACCUUCAAACUCAGUGCCUCUUUGCUUGACAUGGGAAAAUCAAAAGCAAUCAGCCAAGACCUCCGACAAGAAUUGUAGACCUCCACAAGUUUGGUUCACCCUUGGGAGUAAUUUCCAAAUGCCUGAAGGUACCACGUUCAUCUGUACAAACAAUAGUACGCAAGUAUAAACACCAUGGGACCACGCAGCCAUCAUACCGCUCAGGAAGGAGACGCGUUCUGUCUCCUAGAGAUGAACGUACUUUGGUGUGAAAAGUGCAAAUCAAUCCCAGAACAACAGCAAAGGACCUUGUGAAGAUGCUGGAGGAAAACAGUACAAAAUGAUCUUUCUCCACAGUAAAACGAGUCCUAUAUCGCCAUAACCUGAAAUGCCGCUCAGCAACCUGAAUUUCCGCUCAGCAAGAAAGAAGACUCUGCUCCAAAACCGCCAUAAAAAAGCCAGACUACGGUUUGCAACUGCACAUGGAGACAAAGAUUAUACUUUUUGGAGUAAUGUCCUCUGGUCUGAUGAAACAAAAAUAUAACUGUUUGUCCAUAAUGACCAUUAUGUUUGGAGGAAAAAGGGAAGCUUGCAAGCCGAAGAACACCAUCCCAACCGUGAAGCACGGGUGUGGCAGCAUCAUGUUGUGGGGGUGCUUUGCUGCACUUCACAAAAGAGAUGGCAUCAUGAGGAUGGAAAAGGAUGUGGAUAUAUUGAAGCAACAUCUCAAGAUAUCAAUCAGGAAGUUAAAGCUUGGUUGCAAAUGGGUCUUCCGAAUGAACAAUGACCCCAAGCAUACUUCCAAAGUUGUGGCAAAAGGGCUUAAGGACAACAAAGUCAAGGUAUUGGAGUGGCCAUCACAAAGCCCUGACCUCAAUCCCAUAGAAAAUGUAUGGGCAGAACUGAAAAAGCGUGUGCAAGCAAGGAGGCCUACAAACCUGACUCACUUACGCCAGCUCUGUCAGGAAGAAUGGGCCAAAAUUCACCCAACUUAUUGUGGGAAGCUUGUGGAAGGCUACCCAAAACGUUUGACCCAAGUUAAACAAUUUAAAGGCAACGCUACCAAAUACUAAUUAAGUGUAUGUAAACUUCUGACCCACUGGGAAUGUGAUGAAAGAAAUAAAAGCUGAAAUAAAUAAUUCUCUACUAUUAUUCUGACAUUUCACAUUCUUAAAACGAAGUGGUGAUCCUAACUGACCAAAGGCAGGGAAUCUUUACUAGGAUUAAAUAUCUGGAAUAGUGAAAAACUGAGUUUAAAUGUAUUUGGCUAAGGUGUAUGUAAACUUCCGACUUCAACUGUACAUGUGCAAGAUGGCGUCGACAGAUCGACCAGCUCUGCUUCUAGCUCCUAUAUUUCUUACAAGCAUUUUGCUACACCCGCAAUAACAUCUGCUAAAUGUGUAUGUGACCAAUAAAAUAUAAUUUAUGUGAUCGUAUACAAAUGUAUGCAAGGUUUAGAAUUAUUAUUUUUUUGUCAAAUGGUAUAUCUGUAUGAUCUUCUUGUGGUCAAAUCGCUGUCUACAAAUUAUUUCUAAUUACGUUCCGGACAUCUGACCAUCUGCCAAAAAUCGGCUUGCGGCUUAAUCUAGUUAAUGAUCCCUGACAUGGGGUGGGCUGACCAAUAAUAUACCCAUUCAGUGCACAUUUGAGCAAUUGUACAUUUCCCUGGUGGGAAUUUCGUGGAGAAGGUAUUGGGUCGGCAAGCUGUAUCAUGUGUUGUCUCUGGUACCUACAACUUACUAUAAUUACAUUUGAUUUAGCUUAAAACGUGUAGUUAUUUUCAAUAAGCUGUGCACCCACACCCACGAUACAUACACACAUAUACAUUAGUGGGCAUGUAGACCCCCCUGAAAAAAACACAAGAGACACACUUACAUGUUUGUUUUGGUUUUAAUUCCUCCACAGUUAUUACUGUAGUUGAGGUCUAUAUGAUGUAAGUACUUACUGCAAGUAUGUUGUUUAAAUGAAUUAGUUAUAUCGCUAUGUUGUGAGCUACUACACAUUAAAAACGGUGUCAGUGUACAGACA